AGACGGAAGAACGCGGAAAACAAAGUUCCUCCGCCCACGAUCGUAAUUGCAAAAGUUUCAGAUAAGCUGCUUAUCGCAUUGGAAACGGAAGCCAGUCUAGGCCAAAAUGCGUCUUUUGUGGCUGCUCGUCCUCGUCCUGCUGACGGUGGUGGUAGCAGGAGAGGAUGACUCCACCGGAACUACAACUACUCCCCGCAGUACUACCACUCCUUCCACCAGAGCUCCCACAAGGGCCUCUAAUCACACCACUGGCUAUGAGCAUGCCACUCAGCAGAUCCUGAAAAAGGCCACCGACCGCAUGCACCUGAUCUGGCACAUGAAGCGGCGCAUCUUCCUGCAGCUGACCGCCAAGGGUAAGUCUCCGAUGACCGGCGGCCAGGCCCUGAGUGGCAAGCAGGAAGUGGAGGCGGACACCUAUCGGCUGAUGUACGAGCUGGCGGCCAAUCUGAGCGUGGUGCCGGUGGCCCUGUUGGGCGACCCGCUGCUCCGCAGGCGAGUGCAGCGCCUGGCCAAGCUGCAGCUGCAGGGACUUCGCCCUAAGGACUACGAGCAGGCCAAGGAUCUGCUGAGGACGACGCACAACUUCGUGAGCGGUCAGAUAGUCUGUCCGCAGGAGGAUUGCUCGGCUCGCGGCCCGCUGGCCAUGUACCCGCAGAUCGUGAACAAGAAUAUGCGCAGCAAGCUGUACGAGGAACUGCUGGUCAACUGGUUUGGCUGGCGCAAGGCCAUCAACGAGAAGGAGCUGGCCAAGUCCACGUUCAUCGACUAUGUGCGCCUGCUGCGAAUCGCUGCCACCUACAAUGGCCACGUGACGCCCUCGCGCACUUGGUACCUACACUACGACACGGAGAACUUCCAGGCCGAGAUGGAGGCGGUCGUCUGGGAGAUUAUGCCCCUCUACCGGGAGCUGCACGCCUAUCUGCGACACGAGGUGCAGGCCGCCUACCCCAAGGCAGACACCAAGAGCGACGGCGCCAUCUCUGCUCCGGUCAUGGACCAGAUCCUUUCGCAGGACUGGUAUCCCCAUCAGUUCUUCCGCACGCCGCAUCCCAGUCGGCAGCACCAGCUGCCCUCCGUACACCGUCGCCUGGAGGAGGUCUUGGUAACGCCCGUUAAGAUUAACCGCAAGGCUGCCGAGUUCUUCGAGUCCUUGGGUCUUAACAACCAGUCCGCUACAUUCUGGGAUCGCUGGUCCCGCCGGAUGAACGACGACGAUGGCGGCCUGGAAUGCAAAUCGCAGGUGUACUACUUCCCGCCGGACGUGGCCCUCCGCUACUGCCCCAAGCUGGACUACAAGAAGAUGAUGCAGAUCCAUGGCAUUAUGGCAGAGCUGCAGUACAAUAUAUACAAACUGUCGCAGCCCUUUGGACUGGACACGGAGCCGUGUCCUGGCUUCGGUGCCGCCAUAGCGGAAACGGCUAUCCUGGCCUCCGGCACCGCGCGACACCUCGAGAGGCUGCACAUUCUGCUGAACAAGAGCCUGUCCGAGGAGCAGUCCCUCAACCGCCUAUUUCGCAUGGGAGUGCACACGCUGAUCGCCGUGCCGCAGUACUUCAUCAACGACAAGUUCCUCGUGGACGUGAUGGAUGGACGGAUCGGGGUCAAGGACUACAACUGUGCCUACUGGAAUCUACAGGACAAGUUCGCUGGCGUUCAGCCCCCAUCGCAGCGCAACAACAAGGACUUUGAUCUGGACUUUAAGUUCUAUCGCGGCAUGAAUCCCGAAACCUCCAACACUAAAAAAUUCCUGGCCGAGAUCCUGGGCUUCCAGUUUUACCGCUCCUUCUGCCUGGCUAGUGAUCAGUACAGGCCCGGUGAUCCGGAGUAUCCGCUGCACAACUGCGACUUUUACGGCAGCAAGGAGGCGGGCAAGAAGAUGCGGGACAUGAUGCGGUUGGGUUCCAGUCGCCACUGGCGCGAUGUCAUGGAGAUUGCCACCGGGGAGCGCAAGCUGAGUGGUCGUGGUAUCCUGGAGUACUUUGCUCCAUUGUUCACCUGGUUGAAGGAGCGCAACAAGCAGCUGGAUAUUGAGCCCGGCUGGGAUGCCGAUGAGUUGUGCCGCAGGGACUAAGCUCCUAAACAACACCUAAUCGUACCGUAUCUAUUUACUUCUGAAUGAAAAAUAUA